GACUACUUCCGCUGAAAAAUAGUAAAGGUUUAGUCUACUAGCCUAACUAACCAGCAUGGCGCGAAUUAAAAAAUUGGCCUAAAGUGUUUAAAAAAACUGGCAUUCCCUACAUGUUAUAUUUGUUUUUGUUGUUAGAUGAAAGAAGGAAACAUGACGGAUAACGUGAUUUUCCAAACCAUGACAAGUUCAGCAUCAGACAGCCUAAAAUAUUAUACAGAAAAAACUGAAAUCUUGUAUGACAAGCUUGGCAGUGGAGAGGAUAUGGAUAGCCAAGAUGGGAGUGAAAUCCUCCCUCUGACAAUAACAACAGAUUUAGGUCCACAUAGUCCUAAUGGGCCCUCAAGGGCACCUAAGAGCCCCUCUAAAGCUGCACUUAAAAAGAGAAUCAGAGCACCCCCAGGCUCUGCCAAACCAGAAGAAACAAGAGUUUUACACACUCAUGGGAGAAGAACACUUUAUACUGCUGGUCGCCCCCCUUGGUAUAAUAAAGAAGGGCAAUUAAAAAAUGCUUUUGUUAUAGGGUUAUGUGGAGGAAGUGCAUCAGGGAAAACCACAGUUGCCAGAAAGAUAAUUGAAGCAUUGGAUGUCCCAUGGGUCAGUUUGGUCAGCAUGGACUCAUUCUACAAGGUUUUAAACCAUGAGCAACAUGAGAGAGCCAUUAGAAAUGAAUACGACUUUGACCACCCUGAUGCUUUUGACUUUGAUUUGGUGGUUUCAACAAUUGGGCGUCUUAAGGAAGGCAAAAGUGUCAAUGUUCCUAUUUACAAUUUUGCGACACAUUCAAGAGAAAAAACAAUGAAAAUUAUAUAUGGUGCUAAUGUAGUCAUUUUUGAAGGUAUUAUGGCAUUCGCUAAUGCAGAGCUCUUAAAGCUGAUGGAUAUGAAAGUUUUUGUUGACACUGAUUCUGACAUUCGACUUGCUCGUCGUUUACGUCGAGAUAUUGCUGAGAGAGGGAGAGAACCCCAAGGUGUACUUAAGCAAUAUAUGACCUUUGUGAAGCCAUCAUUUGAACACUACAUUGAGCCUUCAAUGAGAUCUGCUGACAUCAUUGUGCCUAAGGGAGGGGAGAACGAUGUAGCCAUUAACCUGAUAGUGCUACAUGUUCAUAAUCAGCUCCAAGCUAGAGGUUUUAAGCUACGUUCCAAGCUUGCGCAGUCAGCUCACAAUGGUCAGCCCAUGCCAGGGACACUUCACAUUCUAGAGAAAACUCCCCAAGUUAAUGGACUACAUUCAUUUAUAAGGGACAAAACAACUUCUCGUGAUGAGUUUAUUUUCUAUUCCAAGCGUCUGAUGAGAUUACUCUUUGAAUUUGCCUUAUCUAUGCUGCCUUUCAGGGAAGUUUUGUUAGAUACACCGCAGGGCAUUCCUUAUAAGGGUAGAAGACUGGCUGUGGAGAAGAUUGCAGGUGUAUCCAUCUUAAGAGCAGGUGAAACAAUGGAGCAAGCCUUGUGUGAAGUGUGUAAGGACGUCAGUAUUGGGAAAAUUCUAAUUCAAACUAAUUUAGAUACUGGUGAACCAGAGUUGCACUAUACACGUCUCCCGAGGGAUAUCAAAGAUCAUCACAUUUUCCUGCUGGAUGCUACAGUGGCGACUGGUGCUGCUGCGAUGAUGGCCAUACGUGUGUUGCUUGAUCAUGAUGUGCCUGAAGAAAAAAUAUUUCUCUGUUCUCUGUUGAUGGCAGAGUCAGGUAUUCACACUGUAGCCUAUGCAUUCCCAAAAGUAAAUAUUGUGACAACAGCUGUUGAUAAAGAGAUGAACGAAGAUUUCCAUAUUUUACCUGGAAUUGGCAACUUUGGGGACCGUUACUUUGGAACAGAUUUUUCAGACUAAUUGCAUGAUUAUUGAAUCAAAUGGUCUCAGCAUAUACAUUUUAUCGGAGUGAAAAAAUGAGAUUAUCUCUAGUGUUGUUGUGUAAAUAAUAUACAAGGGAAGUAAAUUUGUUACAAAUUGUUGUUUACAAAAUACUUAGAUAACAAAAUAUUCAGCUGAUGUUGCUUUUAUUGUUAUAUUGUGUGAUUCGUUUAAUUGAUGAAAGCUUAUCACAUUUGUCUAAGGUAUACAGCUGUAAAUAUGGAAAAUUGACAAUUCUAAGAAGAAGAACUAUGAGCAUUCAGCAUUCAUUGGAAUGAUUUUCUCUUUUGUUUGACUGGUUAGUGCUUAUCACAGAUUAAAAUGAUCUGCAUUUAUAACUUGUACAACCUUGAUAAGAUUUCUAGGGCAUUACACACAAUUUGUUGUCUAUAAUUGUCAAAUUGAGCCAAGAUUUUAAAGUCUUUCUUUUCAGAGAAAGGAACUAGGUUUACAGCAGUUUUGUUCAUAUACAUUUUAUUUGAUGUUCUGUUUAGUUUCUUGUAAUAUGAUGUGAGUUGAUUGCUUUGUGCCAUAAUGUGUUCUCACUAUUCAGGGUGGUAGAAAUUAUCAACGCUCAUGCUGUUUUAACUUGCCAAAUGAACCAAGUUUUAUGAACUGUUACAUUGUUAUCAAGAAAUUUUGGACUAUUUAGUGGAUUUUUUUUAACUUGUAUAAUUUGUAUAUUUAACAAAAAAUGUAUGUUGGUGUAUCAAGAUCCUUCUACUACAUUCUUUACUAUGCUGAUUGUAAAGCUAGUCAUAGCUACUUUUUUAUUUUUCAACAUCAUUAAUUAUCAAUUGAAAGCCCAUAAUGGUACCAGUUUUCAUAUUAAAAAUACUUUAGUAUAAAAUAGUAAAGUAUUACAAAAUCAUUGAAGACUAGCUUUUUAAAUCUGGGGGUUUAAAUGUCUGUAUGAGUACUAGCAGAAAUAUUUCUUAAAGAACAUAAUACUACAAAAUGACUUGUCCUUUUUGAAGUGAGGGAUAUCAAUCUAUACAAUAACAUGUCAGUUCAUUAGGUGGAUACACCUGAAUGGCUUUUUUUAAAUUCCAUCCCUUUGUUUUUUUAGAAUACAGUUAAAGCUAAUAUAGUCUCAUCUGUAUAAUGUUUAAUGUGGAAAUUAAAUAUAAAUUUUACAUCAAACUUGUGUACCAUAUAAAAUCCCCAUGCUGAAUUCCUUCAUGAAACAUUUAUUCCACAUUUAUUCCAGAGAUAAUUUUGCUGAGUAUGUAUGUUUAGAGGCAUCUUUACAACCAAUUCUUUUUUAGGCCCAAACUUAUUUGAACUACCACUUCUGGAAAGUGGAGCAUUGAUAAACAAAACAAAUAUUGUUCUUAUAACUUUAUUUCUUACUGCUUUUUGGUGAUGCAUUUGACUUUGCUGUGUUUUCUUUUAUCAUUUGUGUAACAUACCAGUGAGAGUAAUUUAAAUUUUGUGCACAAAAUAUUUUGUUCAAAUAUGUACACUUCCUUUACACUUAUUGUGCUGCCGUUUAUUGACUUGCUAUUGAUUUUUUAAAAGUGUGUGGUUUUUAAUUAUUUCUUAAAUUUGCUGUUUUGUUAUAAUUUAACAUAUCUGUUAAAAUUCAGAAAGAGAAAUUAUCUGCUGCUUUAAUAAUGUGUGAAAAUUACAACUGUAAACAAUAAGAAAUAAUUGGUUGCUCCAGUGUGCUUGAUGUCUUUACAUUAAAACAAGUUAUCUAACUAAAAUGCUUAGGCGAUUGUAAAUUUUAACCAACCAAAAUUAAAACUGAUUACCUGUGUAUGACUGCAUUAAAUAGUAAGAAUGUGUGAGACUGAUGUGAACUAGCCCACAAAAUGUAAACAAACAUGAAUUCCAGCAAGUUAUCUGGUGUAUGAGAGACAGUUGUUUCAGUGCUUGGGUCACUUGUGUGUGGAUGAGAUCUGAUUUACAUUCUGAGUGUUUUGUGGGACCAUGUCAGUGUCAAACUGUACAGCUUGUUGUCAUGUUAUUAAAGGGAGGGACACCGGU